GACUUGACGCAGCUCCAGCUCUGACUGAAAACCCCGAAAGCGCAACCUGCUCCAGUAUGCCGACACGGAGACACCCAGAGCUCCAGCAACAGCCGCCCCUCGUCUCCCUCAAAUACCCCAUGAACCCUCCGUGUGUCUCAGACCAAAGUCCACACGCGUGUUCCGUCCUCAGGCUGCGGAUCCGCUCCAGGUUCGGACGACGAUCACCGGCUGGGUUUUAUUCUGAAGCGACGGCGUGACGCGGCUGAAGUUUGGCGAACAACAGGGCUGAUCACUGCGGACACAGAGGCAUCACAGGGCGGUAUAAGGCCACGCACGGAAAAUAGAACAGUCCGUGGGAGGCGGUAGUGGAACAGUGGAGCAGUAAAGUAGGAAAGCCGAACAAAAUGUAGACCGGUCCGUGCGUAACUUGGUGGAAAGUUGGCAGAGAUGGCGCAUGAAAGCUGCUGAUUUCUACUCCGGAUCCGUGCGCUUCUGGAGUGGACUUGUGCAAUCUUACUAAAAUAAUGUGUGAAGUGGCCAUGGAGAGGCAGGAGCCAGAGGGGGAUAUCUCGGACAUUGACCCUCAGGAGUGCGCGUCCGCGGCGGAGAACGGCGUCAUGUUGGUGGUCCAUCACAGCCGGGUCCAUGCGCCCCUCAGUGUGGUCCUCACCACCCUCCUCUACCUCGCAGAGUUCAUCACCGCCGCCGUCCUCUGCAGCAUGUACCACAAAAGCGAGGACAAAAUCUGGAUGGGAUUCACCAUCGCUUUUGUGUUGGUUCCAGCCGUGCUCAUCCAGCUGGCACUGACCUUCAUCCACAGGGAUCUGGGUCGGGACCGGCCCCUGGUUCUGUUCCUGCACCUACUGCUGCUGGGACCAGUCAUCAGGUGUGUGGAGGCCUUGGUCAUGUAUUUCAAAGCUGGUAAAAAGGAGGAGCCUUACGUCACCAUUUCCAGGAGGAUCAGUCUGAAGAAGGGACAAGGGACGCAAAUGGAGUGGGAAAUUGGCCAAUCAGAGCGCAACCUGGCAGCUCACAGGAACGCCUUCAAACGCAUGGCGGUCAUCCAAGCUUUUCUGGGCUCCACCCCACAACUGACACUCCAGCUGUACGCCACCAUCCAGGAGAAAUACAUCCUUCCCAUAAGAUUGGCUCUAAUGAUCAUCACUCUCAUCUCCAUCACGUACGGGGCCCUCGUGUGCAGCGUCCUGGCGAUCCAGAUCAGAUAUGAUGACUACAAGGUGCGGUUGCGUCCGGCUGCCUACCUCUGUAUGAUUGUGUGGAGAGGUUUGGAGAUUGCCACCCGGGUCACGGCUCUGGUCCUCUUCAGCACUGCCCUCACCCACUGGGUGAUACUUGUCGGCUUAGCAAACCUUCUCUUCUUCUUCUUCCUCCCCUGGGCUGAGUUCUGGGCCAGGAAAGGUUCUCUGACUGAGAAUGUGGAGAAGAACUUCUCUAAGAUGGGCACUGUCAUUGUGCUGUGCAUGUUCACGCUGCUCUACGCCUGCAUCAACAUCUUCUGCUGGUCGGCGGUGCAGCUGGACCUCACCCAUCGGGACCUCAUAGAAAAGAAGCAGCGCUGGGACAGGCUGGCUCUUUACUACUCUGGACGCUUUGUGGAGAACUUCCUCCUCAUCACGCUCUGGUACUUCUUCAAGUCGGACUUCUACGAGUAUGUGUGUGCGCCGCUGUUGGCCGUUCAGCUGCUGAUCUGCUACAGCCUAGCGGUGCUCUUCAUGCUUCUCUUCUACCAGUUCUUUCACCCCUUCAGACGCCUCUUCAAGUACAACGUCCACGACUGCUUACAUUGUGUCUGCUGUUGGAAAUCGAGGGGUGAGGGCGGGAGUCGACGGGGGAGGCCGCCACCUUCAUACUCCACUGCUGCCACCAUGAUGCUGGUAGCAGAAGAACCACUGGACCCCCAAAACUCUCAAGCCCCAGACCUGACCAGUCAGCUGGGAGAACAGGAGACUGCCAUUCUGGAUGACAUAAUGGAUGCAGCUUGAGAGGGACAUCAUGAAGAAAGAUAGAUGUAGGAAGAGUGAGGCAUGAUGUUGCUGUCGCUGCAGGUUGCACUUCUGAACAAAGCCUUGAACAGUUCAGCAUAAGAACCAGUGAUGUGUUUUGGAGAAAAGACCUUUCCUUUUUUCUCUUAAGUGCACAAGACUGUAUUCAUUCAUAAUCUGAGAGGGACUUACUCUUGAUGUCUUUAAUGAGGAUGAUUGUGCACACUUAGGGCAGCCCCUACACCAAAGAAUGUAGCAUGCUGAAAUAUGCGGCGAUGCACAAAGGCUGCCUUGAGAGAGCAGCAGUGGGUCAGGUACAGGACUGAGCCAGGUGUACAGGACAUGUGCCAAGUGUGUCCGAACUGAGAAGUGACCGGGACAUCAUCCACUGUUUACAUCCUCUCAGGGUUUUCAACCCAUGAAUGACCCCCCCCCCCCUUUUGCACAUGUUUGCAUCUGCACUAAACAGACUUAAAACACAGCAGGAGGUCAAGAAAAAAAGGUAUGAAUAAACCUGCUGUAAAUGCCUCGUGUUGUUCAGUAUUCACUGUCCAGUCUGGUUGCCUUGAUAAACUUUUAGAUUUGAAAAGAAAAUGUAAAAAAAGAAAAAAUGCUGACAAUGUGCCUGAAAAGCCUUAAAUAUUUGAUGUAAUGUAGAGAAAAGUCCAAAAUAACCUUAUGUUUGAUGCAUUAACAAGACUGACACUGAAUGAGCUUUUAUUUCACAUAAAUGCUUUCACUGUGUGCUUAUUUUUUAUGGUUUGUCUGUUCAGUGCCUUGACUACUCGUGUAUUACUUGAAACUUAAAUAAAAAAUAAUAAACAGAUGUCUACCCA